AUGGUGAUAAAAGAUGAAGGUGAAGAUGAAGUGAAGAUGAAGGUGAAGAUGAAAGGUGAAGAUGAAAGUGAAGUGAAGGGGUUCAGUACUUCUUUUUUAAUAUGCAUUUCUUGCUUUCAGAACCUGGGCAAGGGUUCACUGUGGAUGGUGGAUGGGGCAUAUCGGCCGAACCUACUUCAGGCGCUCAGCAAAACGCCCUUCCAUCCAUACUCCAACCUCGACCGCAUCUACAUGGUCUCGACCAAGAACACUCACCACAAGAGGCCAGUGUUGUAUAGGCAGGUGGGCCAGACGUCGACCCCAGAAGACACAAGUACCACAGUGGCCCCCCCCAGACCCCCCACUUCGGCCAACAUCCCAGACCCGGAGCUGUUCCCUUACCUGGCACGCUGCUUGGGUUCCACCCCUGGGUCAGCCCUGGGGACGGCCCUGGGGUCCCCCGGGGUCCAGAGUGAGGACGUGGAUGCAGCGGCAGCCAUGUUGGCACUAAAGCACGGCCCUCGUAUCGUUACCCCGGCCAGCGAGUCUUACUUACAACUGAGGGACGGCAAGGACACAUCUGUCUUGUAUGAGGAGAACAGGAAACGCAGGAGGAAGAGGAAACAUAGUGAGGUGAGUGACGACUGUAUGAUGGUCAUCAGUUCAUCGCCCAGCGAAGACCACUCAUACACCACCGUGGAUGACAACGAUGACUGUACCACCCAAUCUACACGAGGAGCGGCGGCAGCGGCGGCUCUCCUGCUGCCGCCCAAGAGGACUGCCAUCCACUUGCCCACCAGCACCCACUCACCAACCCCCAGCACCCACUCACCAACCUCUAGCACCCACUCGCCCACCUCAAGCACCCACUCACCAACCUCGAGCGCCCACUCGCCCACUUCAAGCAUUGACGAGGCAUUUUCUGAUGAUUCUUAUGACAGCGAUGUUGUCAGUGAGGCUGGUAUGAGGCAGCUGGUUGCUGGCGCUGACGCUCUUCUGAACCUUGCUGCCGUAGCGACAUCCCUGGCAUCACGACGCACCAUUGAUGGAGGUUGUGUGUUGUCUGGAGGACCCCGGGGGUCAUUGACCCCCUGCCACCAACUCCAGAGCUCCAUGCCACAUCGGGGGAAAGUGCACAUCUCAAAGCAAUCAUCGGCGAGGUCGUCGCACAAGAGCAGUGUCGGAGGCAAGAAGAAGAAGAAGAAGGAGGAGGAAGUGGCACUGGUACACAACAACAACACCAUUAUUGACGACAAUAACAGUGUGUUGAAGGACAGACGACCUUAUGGUGGCCCAGGUCGCUGCGGCGGUGCUCGUAGACAACAACAACAACUGCCCAGUUUGCAAUAACAAGAUGUUCAAUAGUGUAUUGACAUCGAACAUUUGUGCAACAAACGCAUGCCAGUAAGACAUCAAUGCACUGGUUACAACACUUACAAAUUAUUUAAAAAUUGAGAAACGUCAACUGUGUUUGUUAAAAUGACUUAUAAGAAUUACAAAUGAGGUUAAACAAGAGAAAAACACCAACUUGCUUGUUUAAUGGCUUUAAAACACUUACGGAUGUGCCUGCAUAGACUAGGAAGUGGCAUUGUCUCUGUCAAUUUUGCAAACACCUGUGCAUAUGCAUGCGCAGAUGUUUUAGAUUCAGUAUAACUGUGUUUUAUGUAAAUGCUGAGAUAAACGGCGGAUGUGUUGUGUUUGUGAAGCAACGAGUGACUUAUAUUAUGCAAAGAAUUGUUGCAUCUGUGGCAGAAACAAGUGACUGUCUAGUAUGCAAAGUCUGUCAGAAGAGUCACACUUGUGAUGAGAUGAGUGACUUAUCAACCAAGCAAAGUCUAUCACAAGUUACAUCGGCAAUCUAAUAAGUGACUUAUCGACCAAGCAAAGUCUAUCACAAGUCACUUCAGCAAUCUAAUAAGUGACUUAUUGACCGAGCAAAGUCUGCCGGAACAGUCAAACAAGUGAACAACCUUAUGCAAAGUCCUUGACUGGAUCUUAUGCAAUUAGUGAUUGAUGUUAGAAUUGUUUUUGUACACAUUUAUAAGACUUUGUACAGAUGGUUAAUUUAGGGAGUUCAGAAACACUCAGAAGUAUGAUUGUAUACAUAGUGUAUGAUUGGUUACCUGUAUACAUAAUGUAUGAUUGGUUACCUGUAUACAUAGUGUAUGAUUGGUUGCUUGUAUACAUAGUGUAUUUCCUUGUUGUAUUAUCGUUUGGCUUUAUUGUAUUGUUGAGUUUUCAAAGCUCUGAGCUUGACAGAGUGAGCUCUGAGUGUCAAUAAGCUCUGUAAUUAACCCUUUUGAGGUUCGUUCUGUAGUACUUUGGUUUUGAGGUCAGGAUCUGGGCUACAGUACUGCUGUUUUGAGGUCAGGAUCUGGGCUACAGUACUGCUGUUUUGAGGUCAGGGUCCGUGCUGUAGUUCUAUGUGAUCAGCUCAGCUCACUCAGAUAAGCUGUGAGCUGUAAAUUUGGGCCUAGAUAUGAGAGAAUGGGUCUAUGUGGUAAGUGUGCACCAUGCAUUGCAUGAUGAGAGAAAACUGUGACUGUGUUUGGGUUAAAAUAACAACUUUGGAAUAUAUUUUCGAUGAUUUUUAUGUCUGUAUUCUUGGUCUCAUUUGAUAGAAUGGAAGAUUUGUUACAGAAAUAGAGAUGAAUUUGAUUGGUAUCAGGACUGGAAGUAGCUUGAAAUUGAGCUCAAGGUAACAGAAAUGUUCGAUAUUGGCCGAUAUUCCAGAAGACACAAAUAGUCACUCAUCCAAUACGGGUCCAUCUGGCCAGUCUAAUAUGCAUUUACAUAUGCACUGACAUUUAUACAAUUUUUACAAUUAUGCAGUAGUCUACAUAACAUUAAAUUUUUUAUUUUUUGUGUGAAUAAAAAUUCAAAAUGGAAAGGAAGCAUAAUAUAGGAGAGUCGCCAGAGACGUGAGUCAUGAACGAAGAAAAUGCUGUAUUGGUGCCAUAAAUGUCUGCAUUGUUUAUUCUGGAACCCUAUUUUAAAAUUGGCCGUAUUUGAAUUUUGUGUGAAACUGGCUAAAUUACCAAUUUCUGAUCACUUUAUUGGGUAAUUUAAAUAGGUAAAUGGGUGGUUUCUUGUGUUCGCUCAAUAG